AUGGAAAUAGCGUACUCGUACACGAAGAGGCGCUGCGACUUCGGUCGGCAGCCGCUGUUCUGCGAGCAGGGCCCCGAGCUCUGCGACAGCGUGCCCGCCGCCGCCGCGGAGCACAAGCACUACAUACUGCGCAACCCCGUACACCAGGCCACGCAGAACACGCCCUCCUUCUCAGAGCACCGCGUCAACACUAUUCGAGCUGAAUACACAACAACUGGUGCUAACCACGCUGAAGGCGGUUGGCCGAAGGACGUGAAUGUCGUGGACCCUGAAGCGACCCAACGCUAUCGCAGAAAAAUCGAGAAAGAUGACAACUACAUCCAUUGCGUUAUGUCAUUGUCUUCGGGUAUGGAGCAUUACGUGCUGCAAAACAAUGCCAUCGACAUGUACCGCACGUACUAUGCGGAGAUGUCGUCGCUGCCGCCCGUAGAGAAGAGCAGCUGCCGCACCGUGAACGUGUACCGCGACGCGGCGGGCGGCGCCGGGCGCCCCGUCAGCUCCAUCUGCUGGCAGCCGGAGGGGCACAGCUUCGCCGUGACCUACGUCGACGUCGACUUCAACCAAAACCCUCGAGCUCCUAUCGAGUCGUACAUCUGGGAUUUGGAGAAUGCGAACUAUCCAGAAGUUAUCAUAAAUCCACCGGCAGCACUCCUAGACUUACAGUUUAACCCCCGCGAUCAUAACAUGCUGAUCGGUGGCCUGAUAAAUGGGCAGGUGGGCGUCUGGGAUCGGCGGCGCGGAGGAUCGCCCACGGUGACGUGCGCACCACACGUGGCCCAUAGAGAACUCGUUAGAAAUGUUUUGUUCAUUAACUCCAAGUCAGGUCAAGAGUUCUUUUCCGGCGGGCCCGACGGUGCAUGCAAAUGGUGGGAUAUUCGGAACAUGAGCGAACCUACUGACGAAAUGAUUAUGGACGUUGUUAAAUCAUCUUUUGAUGUACAGAGUAUGGCUUCUGCCAAUGGUAUAAGCGUACUAGAGUAUGAACCAACGAUUCCUACUCGUUUCAUGGUUGGCACAGAGAAUGGCCUAGUCAUAGGUGGAAAUCGUAAAGGCAAAACACCUAUGGAGAAACUACCAGCCAAGUUCGAAGCGCAUCUUGGGCCGGUGCGGUCGUUGGAGCGCAACCCUAACUUCCUGAAGAACUUCCUCACGGUCGGCGACUGGACGGUGCGCGUGUGGAGUGAGGACUGCCGUGAGUCUUCCAUACUGUGGUCUCUGCCUCAUCGCCAUAAAAUCACCUCUGCUACUUGGAGCCCUACCAGGUUGUCGCUGAUGCUGGUGAUGCAGUGGAACGGCGUGCUGGCGGCGUGGGACCUGCUGCGGCGCCAGCACGAGCCCGCGCUCACGCUGCAGCUGUGCGAGGAGCCGCUGCUGCGAGUGCGCAUGCAGGAGGCCGGUACGUUGGCAGCGUGCGGCAGUCGCAAGGGAAACGUCUACAUGGUCGAACUGUCACAAAACAUGGCGCAGUCUGACAAGAACGAUAAAGGUUUAUUGACUGCUAUGUUCGAGCGCGAGAGCAAGCGCGAGCGCAUCCUGGAGGCGCGCAUGCGCGAGUUCCGGCUGAAGCUGCGGCAGGCGGAGGAGGGCAGCCCCGCCGCCGCCGCCUCCGCGCCCGACCUCGCCGCCGGCGACCGCGACCUCGCCGAAGCCGCCGCCGAGUACGCGCUGCUCGUCAAGAAGGAGCUCGCCUCCUUCUAG